UCGGAAGACACUUGUACUGGUGUCGGGCAACUCUUAUUCUCUGCCUUCAGGGUUCAGUCUGUCCAUCGGCGGCGCCACCCCUACUCUCGCCCUCCAACACCAUCGUCAACGAGCAAACAUACUGAAUUGAUCAAUCCAUCCAAGUCUCCAUCAAGACCUUUUUUUUCCGCUGGCAUUAUUAGGUAUAUGCUGAACUGUCACUUGACGGCAUGGUGUUGAUCUGGCAGAUGGCAAGCCGGUCUACUCGUUCAAGGAGACUACCUCCUGUACAGCAGUCAGAAUCACCCUCAAGGGCUAAGUGGACAUCAGCGCUGACCAGAAUAUUAGUGGACUUGCUGGUAGAGCAGGUUCGCCAAGGGAAUAAACGCAAUAAAUCUUUUGACAAGAAAGCAUGGGAGUGUGUCUGUGAGGAUUUCCGUGAAAAAACGGGCCUUGCUUGGGACAAUGAGCAAUUGAAAAGCCGUUAUGCUGCCUUAAGAAAGCAAUAUGUAAUUGUGAAGUCCCUGCUUGAUCACGGUGAUUUUAAAUGGGAUCCAGCCACUGGUGUUGUCAUGGCUACUGAUGAAGUAUGGGAUGCAUAUAUCAAGGAACAUCCUGAUUCUGAACCCGUAAGGAGUAGUGGAUGUCCAAUGUACAAGCAACUGUGCACCAUUUUCUCAUUACCUGGGACAAGGGGGAAAUAUAAUAGGUCAAAUGGAUCCUAUGAGCACGGAGGAACUCUGUCAACUUCGGAUCCACAAGCUUUGAAUGUGUACCAGGAAGACGUAUCUAACUCAGAAUCUGAGCAAGGCUCUGAAACAGCUGAUGAUCGCGAGAAUCUUCAAUCAACUGUGGGUUCUAGAGUUAUUGGGCAGAAAAGGGGGCGUAAAGGUAUUGAUGGGGUCAUUGCAGGAGCCAUAAUGGAGAUGGCUGCUGCUUCAAAACUCAGGGCUGCGGCUAUUAAGAAAUUUAAUGACAGGUAUUCAAUAACAGAUUGUGUGAGAGCAUUGGAUGAACUGCAAGGCGUAAGUGACCAAAUUUAUUAUGCGGCAUUGGACCUCUUCAACAACCGCAUUGCAAGGGAGACAUUUUUAUCUCUCAAAAUUGACAAGCGGUUGACGUGGUUGUCUGCCAAAUGCUUAGGCCCAACUAAUCCACAGGUUGCAUGAUGGAGCGAUUGUAUUAGUAAGUACCUUAUUGUUCCCCCUUUUGGAGAGUAGAAGAGGAACAGAACUUGUACACUUCUAGGAUGCUGUCUUUUUGUCCCGCAGUAAUUGUUUAUCUAGACCGUUGGUCUCUCUCCUUCUCUAUGAUAUCUUCCGUCUUAUAGAUUAAAGGAUCAAUAGAGAAUGGAGUAAACUUCUGAGACUGUCAUCUGUGUUGCAUAUAUGUUGGAAUGUUAGGUCUUUUGCUGGCUUUUCCA